GACAGAUAUUCGCCUAGACUGACCAACCUUCCUAUUUAAGUGUUGAAUCCUGUUUUUCGUCCUCAGAGUAAAAUCUGGAAAUGUUUUCCUGCACAUGUGGAGUUUAGCAGCUUGGAACAGACUGAGAUGUUUUCCAGAACAGACUUGGAAUUUCUGAUAACCAGCCUAAAACCUUGGAGCAGUGGAGAAGAGAACUAAGUGGAGUACCGGCUUGAAAAACAGAGACUUACUGAUAUUACAUAAUCAAAAAAAAUCACCCAGAAGGAUAUCUUGGAAUUUUUAUACCUGCGCUGAAUAGUUUGGACUCAGUGCAGGGACACCUUCACUCUGGUCUGUGGAGGGCUUCCCUCCCUGCCUUCUCAGGCAAUCUUCACCCCCAGCAGCAUGUCCCAAGCUCUGAGGCUGCCUCUAGUCCUCCUCACAGCACACUACCAUGAUCAGAUGGACUGCUGGAGGGAGUAAGGCUGCCUCUGCCUCGUCCUGCUCCAGGGCUGGGUUAGGGGCUCGUUCAGGCUCUGGGGCCACCUUCAGAUUUCGGUCAUCAGCACUGCUUAUCGCCCCGUCUUUUCCUGUACUAGUCACCCUGUUGGUUUUUUUAUUAUCCCUGCAUGAGGCUGCCUGCCAUCAGUUCCACCGUGACACAGAGAGGGUCUCCAGCUCACGGAGUCUCAGAGCUCCAGUGAACAUUUCUGAAGCUGAGCUGAUCUCUAGAGCCAGAGCCAAUGGGGGCCCUGUGGGUCGGACUGGGGGAGCACAGGGGAGGCAUGUGCGCAGUUACAAUCAUCUGCAAGGGGACAUACGAAGGAGAAAGCUGUUCUCUUUCCAGAGGUUUUUCCUGAGGAUCGAUAAGACUGGAAAAGUCAAUGGAACCAAAAUCAAGGACGACCCCUUCAGUAUUCUGGAAAUCACAUCAGUGGACGUGGGAGUGGUGGCCAUCAAAGGGCUAAACAGCAACUACUAUCUGGCUAUCAGCAAGAAAGGAGAGCUGUACGGAGCGAGCGAGUUUGGUGUCGACUGCACCCUGAAGGAGCGGAUUGAGGAGAACGGCUACAACACGUACGCAUCAGCCAAGUGGAAGCAUGGGAAGCGGCAGAUGUUUGUGGGUCUGAACGGCCAGGGGAAGCCGAUGAGAGGAAAGAAAACCCGAAGGAAGAACACAGCCACACAUUUUCUUCCAACUGUUGUGUGAACCUGUGCACUCGGCUGGAGAGGGACAAUAUGAAACUCUGAAAAUGGGAGGUUUAUAACUCUGAAAAGUAAGAAAUCUCUCAUUUGAUUAAAAAAAAGGCCUAACACUGUCAUGCAUACAAGUGGUCUCUUCUUUUCUGGGAGAUGGUGUUACCUGUGUUUUCACUGGCACAGAUGCAAUGCUUAUUCCUUUUUUCUUUUCUUUUUAUUUGUCUGUGCCAAACAGUUUGCAGCUGGACUAAGUGUGUGAUGUGGACACAACCGAAGCUACUGUUUCACUAAAUAAACUGUAGUAGAUGCAGAAUUAUCUCAAGAUGUUAUUUAUAUCCAUAUUCUCCUGUGAGACACAUAAACAGAGCAGAAAAUGUUCAGGAUGUGGGAAACAAUCAGCGAGUCAGUUUAUCAUGGCAGCAGGAAAUAAUAAAGGAUAGAACACAUUUAAAACAAAUGUUUGAUACUUAACCACUGUGUUUUUGCCUGAAUUGUAAUGAUUUAUUUAUUUUGUGAAAUAUUUAACUGAAGGGGAACACAAGCAUUUCUUUGCAUUCUUUUUUUGUUUUAUAAGAACUCUAUUAUGUGAAAAAUAAAAGUACCA